CAUCUCUGAGAUUUACAUUUCCAAACUUUUCAACCCCUACACCAAACGUACGUUCUUUCUUCUUAUCGCGUCUGUUCCAUCAGCUGUACAUGAGCUUCGUCGUAACCCCAAACCUGCACUUGCAUUCCCAAGAAAACAAUGCUUUGGAUCAUGUUACAAGUCAGAUUCAUUAUCUGCAUCCUCUAUAUGGGAACACGAUUGGAAUAUGUCGCGACUUCUCUGUAUUGCCAAUGCUAACAUUCACUCCUUUGCUGGCAUUGUUUCCAUAUCCAGCAACAAGUACUGACUCUGAGCAGCUCUUCUACCUGAUCAACUCCCCAUACCAAAAUGUCUGCCCCCAACGCCGGCCGCCAGUCUCCCGACCCCGAGCGCCAGUCUGGUGCUCAAGCCGGUCAGAUCUCCGACAACGUCAACCAGCAGGGCGCUGGACCCAAGGAGGGCGCCGAGAAGUCCAGUGACAGCACCAAGAACACCCUGAGCUCAAACCCUGAGCACCCACUCAAGGAACAUAGCGAGGAAACUACCAGCAAGAAGGUUUAGAUUAGUAGAGAUGAGAAGAGGGGAGGCUGUCAUAGUGGAUGAUAUGAGGAAUGUAAAGACUGCAUAAUUAACAAGCAGUGGGCAGUUUGAACGCGAAAUGAUCAAUCAAAUGAAAUGAUAAUCUAUGACCGAAC